AUGCAGCCGUGGACAGACCAGCAUCUUGCAUUUUUCCUGCAGUAUCUCCUCGCUGCAUUCGCGCAAAGCCUCCCAUUAUCUGCUAUGGGACUGAUUCUGAAUGUUGACUUGGAUGGCCGGGCCCACCCCGAGGAGGUCAACGCGUUCUAUGCCAACGCAUUACUCGCGCCGGCAUUGAUAAGACCACUACUAGGUGCCUUGUCGGAUGGAAUCCGCCGCUGCAACUGCGGUCGGCGGCCGGUGCUUGUCCUGCUACAGGUGAUCUGGGCUGUGGGACUUGUCCAAGCUUCAGUGAGCAGGACACGUUGGGGCUAUUUUGUCGCUUACACUGCGGUCGCGCUUUGCACUGGUGCUGCUGAGGCUGUACUGGACGGCGUGUCUGUAGAGCUGAUGCGAAAGACGGGGCGCUCCGCAACAGAGGUGCAGGCUAAGUCUUUUUCUUUUAAAACGGCCGGCAGCUUGGCUGCCUUUGCAGCUUCCCCGCUGAUGCUCAAAAUGUUUAGUAGCCACUACAUGACGGUUCGAGUUUGCGCACUGGUGCCACUAGCCACCGCCAUCGCAACGCUGACCACAUUUCCAGCUUUUGAGCUUCCUGGCCGUGCAUGUGCAGGCACGAACGCACAUGCAGGUGCUUCAAGUGGCCAAGCACAGCUUUGCCGGCUUGUGCCCAGAGGUGCUUGGUUUGGUGCAAUUUUUCUCUUUGUGCGCGGGGCAAUGCCCACAGAAAGCGAUACUUUUUCCGGAUUCGUAUCUACAAAGGUGAGCGGCGUUUGGGUGUCCAUCAUCUUCGCCUGCUCGAACUUGGGGUCCCUGCUGGCACUAGUGAGCUUUCAGGCCUUGCCGCAGUGCCGGCGGCGGCUUGUCCCAACCAUCGUCGCCACGGCUAUCCUUUCUGCAUUUGUGGGAGCAGCCGUGCAGUGCUUGCUGGCUGCUGCGAGCCCAAGCAUGCCCUGGAUCUAUGCCUUGGGCGCAGCAGCUGUUGGGGCCGUCGAUAGCCUCUCCUUCCUUCCGAACCUGGCCAUCUGCGCACAAUGCGCGCCUAAGGACUUCGAGGCCGCUGGCUUUGCCGUGCUGAGCCUUAUCCUGGAUCUCGGGGAUCAGGCCUCGGCUCGCAUGGCAUCCUUCAUCGUCCAGGCCUUCGACCUCGGCUCCGGGGAGGACCGCUCCUGGGCACAGCUUCCUCUCUUUGUGGCGCUAUGUCGCUGUGCCUUACUACUGCCGCUUCCGCUUUGCGUACUUCUCCGAGGCAUCCAGCCAGUGGAUGAUGCGCAGGCAGAAAGAAUCUCAUGGUACCUGCAACUGCCAGUUUCUUGCGAGUUCUGCAAAGAAGCCUUGGCAGGACAAGCAGAGCUGCAGUUGCCUUUCCAGCUUGGUUUCGAUUGCCUCAAGAGGGAAGGCACCAAAGGAUGUGUUUUCCGUGUGCACCUCGUAUUCCCUGCCAAGGGCUCUUCCAGGACAGACGAGUCGGCGCAGAUGCCAAGAUGCUGUUCCGUUCUGGUGUUAAUGGUGGCCUUUGCCGGCGAUGCAAAAGGAUUCGAGAUCAACGAGGAUCGGUCCAGCCGCAAAUCGGCUGAAGUAGACGCUUUGCCUGUGAAAUCGGAUUCGAUGCGUAGAAGUGUGAGCGUAUCUCAAACUCGUGUGAGAGCCAAUGCGCGUGACACCUUGUCGAACACUGCCAGCAAGGCACGGAGAGCUCAUGCCACUGAGCCGGAGGUUGCCGCAAGCUUCAUGAAAGAUGGCGUCUCGCUCCGUGAAGCCAUAAGAAGUCCAGAUGGGGAUGCUAGUGGCCUUUGGAGAACUGCAAUGCUGAUGCCGCACGAUGACGGCCUCAGUCACACGCCUUUGGCUCACGAAAGUGCGACAGACGGCAUCAAAAGGGGCCCUACAUCCGUUCUAAUGCAACUGGAGGACUCCGAUCCAAAGACUUCCAGAGAAUCUGGAUUCAACGAAGCCAUACCAAAGCAUCAGCACCUUCAAGCGGCAGCUCUUCUCUUGACUCCGCAUCAAGACGAUCUGGAGUUCCAUCAGUUUCGAACAGAUGAUGAGCUGCUGAAGCAUGGCCUUCACCGAGACGCAAACUACCAGAUGCCGCACGAUGAUGUGAACCGAAUGAAGCGGCCUCCAUGGCAGCGGUCCUCGCCUCAAAUGCAGAGACGAAGGUGA